AGCUGAUCAUUAUCCUCGAUCAGCUCAUUCCUGUUACCAGGUCACUCUUUUAAACAAGUUCGACAAGAUAAAACAUCAUGGCUUACUUUUGCCUAAAUGCGUCAAAGAUUGCCGUGUCUUUUCUCGCCAACCAGAGUCACUCAGCCCGGUUUGCUGCUUAUCGCUUAGCGUCAACGGCUCCUUCUUAUCAACACAUCGUCGUAGAUAAGCAAGGAGCAAAAACGAAUGUCGGUGUCAUCACCUUGAACCGUCCAAAAGCUCUGAAUGCUCUCUGUGAUGCAUUGAUGCGAGAAGUGAGUGAUGCUCUAGACGAUCUGGAGAAGGACAAGGAUGUUGGGGCAGUUAUCAUCACUGGCAGCGAAAAGGCUUUUGCUGCUGGUGCGGACAUCAAGGAAAUGCAGAACAACACUUUUGCAGGUGUUUAUGGAGGCAAUUUUCUGAGCCAUUGGAACAGGGUAGCCCAGUGCAAAAAACCAGUCAUUGCUGCAGUAAAUGGUUAUGCUCUUGGUGGUGGUUGUGAAUUGGCCAUGAUGUGUGACAUUAUCCUUGCCGGUGAGAAUGCUCGAUUCGGCCAACCUGAAAUCGCAAUUGGAACCAUUCCGGGUGCUGGUGGCACCCAACGGCUGAUUCGUAGCAUCGGCAAAUCCAAAGCUAUGGAAAUGUGCCUAACAGGCUUGCCUAUUACCGCUCAAGAAGCUGAAAAACUAGGUCUGGUCAGUCGAGUAUGUGCACCCAAAGAAUUGGUUUCUGAGGCAGUUAAGAUGGGUGAGAAGAUAGCCUCUCAUUCUAAAUUGAUUGUGGCCAUGUGUAAAGAGAGUGUCAACCAGGCUUAUGAGACUACACUUCAGGAAGGACUUUUAUUUGAAAAACGUACUUUCCACACCACGUUUGCCACGAGCGACCGUAAAGAAGGUAUGACUGCUUUCGCCGAAAAGCGUUCGCCUAAUUUUACUGAUAGUUAAGAAGGGCAUUUGUUCUCACGGUUGCCACUACCGCAACGUAAUGGUUCAGGUCGUACUUCGUCCCUUUUUAUACAGACAAAUGUUCAAUAUAUCAAGCUUGAGUCUAUUAAAAUAAAAACGCCAAACAACGUACACAA